AUGGAUUAUUCGUUCUAUUCAAACCAUCCCCAGCAACCUUAUCCUCUCUACGGCGUCCACGGGCUGCCCACUCCCGACCAAGGCAAUUCGGCCCCUCAAGCCGAGGCCAUCCAGGGCGCUUUCGCUCCUUUGGGAGCGCAAAACUACCGGUCUUUCGAUCCGAACUUGCGCUUUCAGGAUCCUCACGCAGCCGCUGCCUUCGUUGCCCCGCCACACUCGCCUCCCGAGUCCCUCACCAAGCAGUCGGUCACCAGCAAUGAAUUUUCUAGCCAGAACGUUGAUCGAGCCUCUUACGAUGGAGACGAUCAGCUUUUAGACCAAAGUCUCGGUCGGAGCAGCAGCGAGGAGAAAGAGAGUCUGACCCCGGCGCAAUCGAAGCGAAAGGCCCAGAACAGAGCUGCCCAGCGCGCAUUUCGUGAACGCAAAGAGCGCCAUGUGCGUGAACUGGAAGAGAAAGUUAACAACCUUGAAAAUGCAUCAAACACUCUUGUGGCGGACAAUGAGCGACUGAAGAGAGAGCUGGCAAAGUUUACGACCGAAAAUGAGAUACUUCGGGCAACGUCGACUUCAAUGCGCCAGUCAGGCCAGCGCCCCACCGAUGAGGAACCGACAACGACAGGGCCAUUGCAAUACUCGCCCACGGAUUUCAAAUCCGAUGCAGUUGGGGGUAAUGGCCCCGCUCAUCGCAUCACCAUAUGCGGAAAGACGGGUGAGAAACUGCUUGACUCGGGAGCCACCUGGGAUCUCAUCCAGAAUCAUGAACUCUUCAAGCGUGGCCUAGUGAAUAUUGGCGAUGUCUCGGGUCGGUUGCAAGGUACUGCUCAGUGCGAUGGGCAGGGGCCUGCCUUUCGGGAAAGCCAGGUCCUUCAGGCCAUUGAAGAAAGUGCAGCUGCUGGCAACGAUGACUUGUUGUGA